GUGCUCGGCGCAGUUCUGCACAGAUGAGAGGUGUGUCGGAGGUGUCAGAGGAUUAACGUUUUUCCUUGCAUUCCUGUGUGUGUUAACCCUGUGUGCGUGCUUAUCAUAUGACCACACACUCAUAUACACACUCACACUCCCUUUACCUGCAUGUGAAUGCUGUAAUGCCAUCGCUUCCCCACCAAAGCUGUACAUCCUGUUGAUGUCAUCUGCCACCUCCUUAUUAAAGUUAUUUGAACUACGUCACUGUGGAGUACCAUUCCUUCUGACCGAGGACGACUCAGUUGAAGCGUGAUCGGCAAUCAGUGCAAACAUAUAUUACAAGUGGUCCUUCGAGCCGGAUCGCCUUGGCUGAGUUAAUGAGAUGGCAAACCCUCAGGAUAGAGGUGCAUCAAGUAGCCCCCGUCCAAAGCGGGAGAAGAAACUUCCGGGACAUCUGGUGGACUAUGAGCACAACCUAACUGAGCCACCCGAGCCAUCUAGAGCUCCAAGUAGUUCAAGCAGCUCCGAUAAUGAAGAGGAAGAGAGAUGGCAGAAGAUGGAAUCAGUCUGGAACAGUGUCCUCCAACAUAUGACUCAACUGCAAGUGUCUAUGGAGGAAACUCGUGGAACACUACUAAAGCGGGUGGAGCGUUUGGAGCAGGCUUCUAAACCUGGCAGUCCUCUUCCCCCAGAAACAGGAGCGUUAGAACAACGCCAACCUAUUUCCUCCAUAACAGAAGUUGCACCACUACAACCUAGCAGUGAGGUGUUACAUGAGACCACAGAGCCACUAACUGUGCCAGUAAUGCCCUCAGAGCAGGACACCACAACACCUGUGAACAUGCUGACGCCAGUGGAAACGUCUGCUCCAUCACCUCCUCGUAAAGUGAGCCUUCACACUCAGCCAGUGCUGCACCCUGCCACUUAUGUAGCCGCAUCGACGCCACUUAGGAGACCUGAACGAUGCACUGCUGAACCCUUCUCACGUCAGCGAUCGGAACAUCAUCUCCUUAUAAACAGGCCAGACCAGGUGCAGCUAUUACAUCCUGCAUCCCCAGCUGAUCAGCCACUACAACCUGCUCAUCUUUCAGUACACCAGCUAUCACAGCCUGUGGACUCAGUGAGUCUGCGGCAGACGUCACAUCCUGCUGCUCCCGUCUUCCAAGCCAGACAUCCAGCUAAUCCUGUGUACUUGCAGCAACCACCACAUCCUGCUGAUCCUACCUACCAACCUUCACGUCCACCAGAACCUGCGACCCAGCCAUCACAGUGGGCAGAAGCUCAUCGCCCUGUGCCCAACAUACUGCAUCCUGAAGCAUUGCCUGAUCCAGCUGGCAAAUACUAUGUUCCUUAUCCCUCAGGAAGUAAUUAUUCAUCAUCUUCCGCUGCUGAACACCAUAAUCCACAGGUGGCCACAACUUCCCCAGCAGGAACGCCUCUACCAAACCUGAUGGAGAUGAUGGUGGCGUCUUCAUAUGGCAUUCCAAAGCCUAAGCUGGUGAUCUUCAGGUCGGGCAGAGAGAGUGACUUCGCCUUAUUAAAGAAAGGGCUGGACAGCACCUUAGGGCCACAUUCUCAUCUGGGAGAAGAUUACAAGUAUCAGGUUCUACUAGAUCAUCUAGAGCAUCCCAGCGCCCUACAGGUAGCCAAGCGCUACAUUCACGACCGCACUCCCUACACUAGUGCAAUGAGGGCGCUAGAGCAGAGCCUGGUCGGGCUUCUCAGUACCAUGGAUGAAGUAGCAGCCAGUGAGCUCCAUUGUGGUUCACAUGUGGACAGACUGCUUACCAAGCUCCCCCUGAACUACAGAGACAGCUUCAUCGAGUACUGUAUCACCCGGGGGAUCAUCCGCACUGGCAGCAGCCGAACGUACAACAUGUACGACUUCUCAGAAUGGCUCGAACGGAAAUCCCAAGUCCUUCAGCUAUCCAGACAAGCCUCUCAAAUGCCCCCUGACAAGCCACGUCCAGAGAAAACCCUACUCAAAGCCUCAGCAGGGCUCAAGCCACACAACAAAUCUGCGUCCAUCUACUACGGCCCAAAUCCAGCCCAAGCCAAGCUAAAACAAGAGGGAGAAUCUACAGCUCCGGAUCCGACAGUCCAACCUAAGAAGAGACAGAAGUUCAAACCUUAUUGUCCAUACUGCGAAGGGACAGAGCAUUAUCUGAAUGGCUGUGAUGGAUUCAAAAGGCUAGACCUCAAAGCUAUGGCUACCUGGAUUACCGAGAAGGCCAAAUGCUGGCGCCAGGGCGUAAACAUUCUCCAGAGCAGUGUACUCUGA